AUGGCCAGUGAGAGCACAGACCUCAGCACCAGGAUGUCCACAGAAGAUCAGAGCAUAGACAGUUUUAUCUACAAUAUUAUAUUCACGCACUUCAAAAGACAUAAGGUGGAGAUUUCAAGAGCAAUAAAAACAGAAUUUCCUUUCCUUCAGAUUCUUCGUGACCGUGAACUCAUCACCAAUAAAAUGUAUGAAGAUUGUAGAGAAUCUUGUAGAAACCUGGUCCCUAUUCACAUAGUGGUGUACAAUGUGCUCGAAAAACUGGAGAAGACAUUUGACCUGGCACUCCUGGAAGCAUUGUUCAGUGAGCCCAACAAAGAGGAAUACCCUGACUUAAAUAACAUUUAUAAAAGCUUUGAAAAAGUGAUCCAUGAGAACAUUUGUUUCCAUGAAAAUGAUGGAGAAGAGAGUGUGGAGGACCCUAACACCCAACUAAGUCUUGAACAAGGCACUGGUGAAAACUCAUAUCAAAACCUGACCUGGAUCUGCUCACAUCUCUCGAAUUACAAUGGUACAUCUCCACAUGAAAAUGGACUGUCAGAGCACAGUUGUGAAAGAGAACAGAUAAAUGCCAAUGAAACAGUUACAACCAGUAACAACAAUGAUGCACGAGAAAGCCAACAAGAGAAUGAACAAUGUGCACAAGAGGCUGAGCCAGCAGAGGCCUGUGAGCAAGUACCCAUCCAAGGAAAUAAUGGAAAUGCAAGACUAGAGAUACCCAGCCCAUUGCCCUCUGAUGAAGAAAGACCAGAACUACCCAACCAUGGAAUCCAAAUAAAUUCCUGUUCUGUACGUCUGGUGGAUAUAAAGAAGGAAAAGCCAUUUUUUAAUCCAAAUGUUGGAAAAAAAAAACAAAAAUCUGACAUAAUAGUGAUCAGCAGUGAUGAAGAUGAAGAUGAGUCCCCCAAAGCCUCCACCUCGGAACAAAGAAGGGGGCCUGAAUCAAAUGAGGAAGGAGAGAUCCAAGAAGCCACCUGCUCAGCACCUGAAGUUGCACCACUGCCCCUGGAUUUGAGAAAAUCACCUACAUGCAGGAAAAGACUUUGGAAAACUGGGAGAAAUCAUGAAGAGGCUUCUGAAUCGAGUGCAGAUGAGACGCCCCCGGCAAUCAGGAGUUGUACAGCGAGGAGUGGUCCUGAUGACGAGGAUUCUCCAGAUACUGGGAACCAAUCUACUUGGAAGAUGAGCAACAAGAGAAGACGGUUCAGCAGUGGUGACUCUUCAGAAUUGAGUAACGGAGAAGAGCCUCGGGAAACUUCUAGUUCAGCCCUCAGAAAUGGGUCAGAUACUAUGGAUAUUGGAAGCAGUUCUAUUUUGGAAAAACACAGUGGGAAAAGAAGAAAAAAGAGAAAGCACAUAAGUAAAAAAAACAGUCCCCAAAAAGUGAGAAACAGCGGCAGAGAUAGAAUCCAGUCUCUGAAUAACAGAGUACCAAGGAAAAGAAGCAAACCAAAAGGGACAAAAGCAGUCAACACCAGGCCUUUGAAAAGAAGGAGAAAAAGAGGUCCAAGAAUUCCCAAAGAUAAACAUAUGAACUUUAAACUCUCUAUUCUUCCCGUGACUUGUGGCCCAGCAAAGGGGAUGUUAUAUAAAGAGAAAAUGGAACAAGGAAUCUCAGCAAAGUGUAUAAAGACAAAUAACGGGAAGCAGCUCACCCUCAAGGAAUUUGAAAUUGAAGGAAACCACGAAAGGAGUAAAAAUUGGAGGAUGAGUGUGCACUGCGGUGGAUAUACCCUGAAACACCUGAUUCAGAAGGGAUUUCUAACAGACCCACCAAGAAAAAAGAAGAUAAUACCAGAGUCUCACAGUGAUAACAUUGCUGACCCAUAUCCAGAAAACUCAAAUAUAUGUGUGGUGUGCCAUAAAGGAGGAACACUAUUUUGCUGUGAUACUUGUUCAAGAUCCUUCCAUGAGACAUGCCACAUCCAACAUAUCGAUCCUGACAGGAACCCAUGGAGUUGCAUCUUCUGCCAGGUAAAGGUUAUUCAGGAAAGAUGCCCAAAAAGUCAACCAUGUCGUCUGGAAUCGGAAGUCCUAGAACGGAAGAUGCUACAUGAGGAGCACAUGAAAUGUGAGUUACUCCUCUUGACGGUCUAUGGCUGGUCAAAAAGCUCCUUUUUUGCCCCAAAACCAUAUUAUAGUAAAAAGCCACCUCAGAGUCUGGAGAAGUGCAUGUGGUUAAACAAAAUCAGAGAAAAUCUGGCUUCAAAGUUGUACCUCAAAGUGAAGGAGUUUGUGCAGGACAUACGCCUCAUCUUUCAGAACCACAAGUCAAUUUACAAGGGCCAGAAAUUCAUCAGGCUGGGAUUACAAGUAGAGAACAGAUUUGAAAAAAACUUCAAAGACAUUUUUGGAAUUCAGUAA